CACACACAGAGACUCACACGUAGACACACACGUAGAGACACACAGACUCACACGUAGAUACACACACACUCACACGCAGAGAGACACACACACUCACACGUAGAGACACAAACACAGACUCACACGAAGAGGCACGCACACAGACACACACACUUAGAGAGACACACACACAGAGAGACGCAGACUCACACAUAGAUACACACACAGAUAGACACACACACAUAGAUACACACACACACAUAGAUACACACACACACAUAGAAACACACACACAUAUAGACACACACACACAGAGACACACACACAUAGAGACACACGAAGACUAACACACGUAUACAAACCCAUGCAGGGGUAGACACACACCCACACCACACGCACACACCCACACACACCCACACACACCUACACAUCCACACACCCACACAGAUACAAACUGGAUCGUCAACUAAAUCUUCAGUAAUUCUGAAGACACGAAGAAGACAUGACGGAAGGCGGAGAGCCCCCCGUGUCCAUCCAGCCCCCCACUUCCCAGGUGACCAAUCGCAGCCGCCGCCGCAAGCGCCGCCUGAUCGUCGUCGGGGUGGGAGUGGCGGCCAUCCUCCUGCUCGGCGCCGCAGUGCUGCUCGCUUGCCUCCUGGCCCUCAAGGGGCUGGCCGUGAGCUCGUGUGCCGACGGUUCGUGCACCAACCCCGUGCAGUCGCAGGGGAACUCGAGCAACGAGAGUUGCGCCGACUGCGGGGCCUCCUCGCGGCUGCUGGCAACCGGAGUGCAGUUUAAUGGAGACGCGUCUCUCGUCUACCUGAGGGACAGGUUCCAGCGAUGGUCGCCGCUUUGCUUCGACUCGUGGACCUCGAACUACAGAGCGCAGCUGUGCAGAGGCAUGGGCUACAACGGGUUUGUGAGUGGUGACCUCGCCCUGGUGAGCUCCCUGAAGGUCGCCCCCAUGCGGUUCGCUCACCUCGCGCUCACCACGAACUUCAACAGCAGCCAGAUCGCUCAGCUCGCAAGCUUCGACUCCGUCUGUAAGUCUGGCAAAGUCGUCGGACUCAAGUGUCAAAGCUGCGGGAUCCCCGCGCUGAGCCCAAGCCGCAUUGUAGGCGGCGUCGCGGCCACCCAAGGCCACUGGCCCUGGCAGCUGUCGCUGCGCUACAACGGGAGGCACACGUGCGGCGGGUCACUCGUGACGUCACAAUGGGUCCUCACGGCCGCCCACUGCGUCAUCACCUACAGCAACCCGCAGCGCUGGACGGUGCUCGCCGGCUCCGUCAAGCAGAAGCCGAGCGCCACCCCGAGCGCCAGCGUGACGUCCAUCACGCGCCACCCGCGCUACAACGCCGACACCAGCGACUACGACCUGGCGCUCAUGAAGCUCAGCAGCGCACUCAGCAUCGACGGCGAUUCAAUCCGCCCGGUUUGUCUCCCGGAAUCGUCCCAGUCGUUCCCUGAUGGACAAACGUGCUGGAUCACAGGGUGGGGGGUGACCGCUGAGGGCAGUUCUGUGGUGCCCGAGUCGCUGCAGGAGGCGAAGGUGUCGCUCAUCUCCACGUCGGUGUGCAACGGGCCCACGGUCUACGCCAACAGCGUCACCGCUCGCAUGCUGUGCGCAGGGUUCCUCGCGGGGAAGAUCGACGCCUGCCAGGGUGACAGUGGGGGGCCCCUGGUGUGCUUGGAGGGGGAGGGGGGCACUGCCUUCCGUCUCGUGGGGGCCACCAGCUGGGGGGAGGGGUGCGCGCGGAAGAACCAACCCGGGGUCUACUCGCGCGUCUCCUCCAUGACGGAGUGGGUCUACUCCACCAUGGACGCAUGAGACCCCCGUGUCUUCUCUGCCUGCAACAUCCACUCUGCUCCGGGGAUCACUCCAAGUGGACCUCAGUUCUCGGGCGGGGAAGGGGGGAGUGAGUGAGUGGGUGAGUGAGUGAGUCCGUGAGUGAGUUGGUUGGUGAGUGAGUCGGUGAGUGAGUGGGUCGGUGAGUGAGUGAGUCCGUGAGUGAGUGAGUGAGUGGGUCGGUGAGUGAGUGAGUCGGUGAGUGAGUGAGUCGGUGAGUGAGUGAGUCGGUGAGUGAGUGAGUCGGUGAGUGAGUGAGUGAGUCGGUGAGUGAGUGAGUCCGUGAGUGAGUUUGUUGGUGAGUGAGUCGGUGAGUGAGUGAGUGAGUCGGUGAGUGAGUGAGUCGGUGAGUGAGUGAGUCGGUGAGUGAGUCGGUGAGUGAGUGAGUCGGUGAGUGAGUCGGUGAGUGAGUCGGUGAGUGAGUGAGUCGGUGAGUGAGUGAGUCGGUGAGCGAGUGAGUGAGUCGGUGAGUGAGUGAGUCGGUGAGUGAGUGAGUCGGUGAGUGAGUCCUGAGUGAGUGAGUCCGUGAGUGAGUGAGUGAGUCCGUGAGUGAGUGAGUCGGUGAGUAAGUGAGUGCGUCGGUGAGUGAGUGAGUCAAUGAGUGAGUGAGUCCGUGAGUAAGUGGGUCCCACUAUACACUACACUUUACACUCCACUACUAUACACUACACUAUACACUACACACUACACUAUACUCUACACUAUACACUGGCGAUGCUGCCCCCCCCCGCCGCCUCGUGUGUGCCGUGCCGGCCCGAAUGCUAUACGGGGCACCUUUGUCUGUGUGAGCCUUCAUUAAACACAUUGUCCUGCGGAGGGAGCUGGUAGGAACGUCGGGUUGCUCGGUCAAUGGCCUGCAGGGUCAACGGCGGCGUGGUGUAUUCCGCAAAUAUGGCCGACUGUGAGGGCGGGCACAAGCCGGCGUGAGUAGGUGAAACGUUGAGUUUUAUAAGGGCACCACGGGGUGACCAGCCCCUCCCCACCCAGCCCCUCCCCUCCCAACCCCCACCC